AUGACGGCUAAAGAAGAUUUAGUCGAACCUAUUAUGGGUAAUGGUCAACAAACAACAUCAGAUACAAAUGAUCAACAACAAACACCACCUGAUUAUCAAACUUCAAUAAAAAUUGAGAAUGAAGAUGAUGAUACUCAAGAUGAAAAAGCUUAUGAUGAAAAUGGUGAACCAAAAUUUCCAAAUGAUGAUUUAUUAAAACUUGAAGAACAAGUUAAUCGAGUACGAUGGAUUGUACCAGUUUUAUCUGAUGGUGAAUUAAUUAAAUGUUUACGAGCUACUGUUUGUCUUGCAAGAGAAAAAAUCGAUACUAAAUGCGAACCAUGUCAACGAUUUAUUCGUGAUAGUAUUGUAAUUUCAUUUACUAAAAUAUUUUGUGAUGAUGCUGUACAAUCAUGGAAAUAUGAUAUAUAUGUUGCUAUUUAUAAAAAUGCAAUGAAAUUUAUUGAACUAUGUGUAUUAAAAAUUGAUGAUGAUUGUUUUCCAUUACUUGAUAUUCUAAGUUUUAUUAUGAAUCCUUUAGCACGAUAUCAUCAAGCCAAUAAUAAUCGAUCAUGUUCAUAUCGUCCACAAAAUGAAACUGAACCUUUUGCUACGAUAAUAGAACAUCGUUUUCCACAACGAGGUUGGCUUGUUGAUUUUAUAAAUAGAUUUGGAGAUUUAGGUGGUUUUGAUAAACUUCUUACUCGUUUUACUUCAACUGAAAAUAAAUUAACAAUAUCUGUUGUUAUUGCAUUACUUAAACCUUGGGGUCUUUGUUACGAAUAUUUAUCACAAUCAACAAUAAAAAAAUAUUUUGCACCUAUUAUUGAAUUUGUUCCACAAUAUCUUAAUCAAUUAGCAGAAAAUGAUUUUAAAGUUGAAGCAAAAACUGAAUCAAAAAGUGAUACAUUAGCAGCAGUCAUUAAAUGGCUUCGUCAUCUUGCAUCACGUCUAUCAGAUUGUGAUAAAGCAUGUCGAGAUUUAGAUGAACUUCGUCUUAAAAUGAUUUUACGUGGUAAAAUGAAUGCACUUAAUGAAGUUCAUAAACUUAUUCCAAGUCUUAGUCCAAUUCAUCGUUCAACAUUAAAUCGUUCUGAUGAUAAUGAAGGUUUAACACCUGAAAAAUUCAUUAAAUGGAUUGAAGAUCAUGAAAUUCUCGAUAUUGUUUUACGUGAUUGUUUACAUCAACCACAAUAUGUUGAAAAAUUAGAACGAAUUCUUCGUUUUAUGAUAAAAGAACAAGCAUUAAGUCGAAAUGAUUUAGCAAAAAUUUGGAAUGCAUCAUGUGGAAAACAUGAAGCUAUUGAAAAAAAUGUUCAUGAUUUACUUGCUAAAUUAGCUUGGGAUUUUUCACCCGAACAACUUGAACAAUUAUUUGAUUGUUUUCGAGAAAGUUGGACAAAAGCUAGUAAAAAACAACGAGAAAAAUUACUUGAACUUAUUCGAAGAUUAGCUGAAGAUGAUAAAGAAGGUCUUAUGGCUAAUAAAGUUUUAGAAUUAUUAUGGAAUAUUUCACAUGAGAAAAAUUUUCCAAAUGAAAUUAUUGAUCAAGCAUUAGCAGCACAUUUGAAAAUUCUUGAUUAUAGUUGUUUACCAUAG